UGUUCUCGCUCUAAUUUUGGAGAAAAUCGAUUGUAAUACAGUUUAAUAUAACUCAAGCCCGAAAAUGUCGCAACUCCUCCUUCGGCUGUUCCAAAGUGAACACUUUAAUAGUUGGAUGGCUAUCGAAUAUUUAUUUAGAUAUCCUGAUUCGGUUGGGAUCCAGCAUUACUUAUGCAAUGAACUCAAAAAAUUUCCAAUGACAGAAAUAGAGUUUUUUUUGCCGCAAUUAUGUCACUUGCUCAUUAGCCGAACUACCGAGUCAGUUGCUUUGGAAUGUUUUAUAUUAGAAAAUUGCGAAAAGUCUACACAUAUGGCUAUUCUGACAUUGUGGUAUCUUCAAGCGUAUCGUUCAGAAUUGUCCUCCAAUCCAUUUUCUCCCACCUUUACAGUUUGUAAGCGUGUCUUGAAUAAAUGUCAAGAAAUAGUAUUUGGUGAAAAUUUAAUCGAAGAUGAUAAAACAUCUUUAAUAAAUCGUGGUAUGUCUCCACGGCAAGUGAGAGAAAACACUUUUCCUGCUCUUGUUGGUAUAGGUGCAAUGCUUGCAGGUAUUGCUGCACCAAUGUUAACAAAAAGCGCUGGGCAAAUCGCUAUAGCGCAGGGUAGGCGUGCAAGAGCUUUCAAUAAUACGGGAAAUAAUGGAUUAGCCAGGAGAAGGACCCAUACUGGAAAUGUACGAACUCCAAAGCAAUCAGAAUUUUCUAAAGAUGAAGAUUCAUCUAAUGAUCAACCCGAAAAUCCAGCAACACCACCUGAUUUAGAAAAUAAUCAAAAUUUUAUAGAUGAUGAAAAUAUUAAGAAUGAAAAUACGCAAAAUAAAACAUUAUUGGCAAAGGCUGAAACUCCAGAUAUUCAAAUUGUGUUGGAUUCGCCAAAUACUCAAGAGAUAGAGCAUGAACAGAUAUCACCGUCAGAGUCUCCAAAAAUUAAUGGACAAUCAAUACCUGAUUUUAUUAAAGGCCAUAAGAAAAGUUUAUCCAGAUCUUCAUCUUCAUCCUAUCCUUAUCGCCGUAAUGGUGUAAAUACAGCAGCUGCAUUCACAUCGCCGUCUCUUGAUGAUUUACAUAAAGGUAGCACGUCUUCAUUAAAAAAGUAUAUUUCGAAAGGUUCAAAACCUCGACCACAAUCAGCUGAUUGUUCACCAUCGAGCGUAGACCACGAUGAUGACGACGACUAUGAUGAUAUUUCUAUUUAUCGCAAUUCGACUGAAGUCUCAGAUAGUACUUUAUUAGAUGAAUUGGAAGAAUAUGGUCCAGAACGACAAAAACGCCUUCUGAAAGGAAAUUAUUUCCGUUCGGAAAUGCAAUUCCUACUAGCUUUACAGGAUAUUUCAACAAGAUUAAUUAUUGUUCCCAGAGAAGCGAGGCAAAGUACUCUUAGAGCAGAAUUAACUUUAUUAAAUCAUAACUUGCCUGCAGAAAUCUGUAUUCCUCUUUGGUGUCCGGCAACGACUGAGAAACCAUAUCAUCAUCGAGUUGUUAGAAUAUCUCCAGCUGAUGCGGUUGUGUUAAACUCAGCAGAUCGGGUACCCUAUUUAUUAAUGGUGGAAGUUCUUGAAGGAGAAAUGAAGUUUGAUAUGUCCAAACUACAAACUCAAAAAUCAUUAAAGCGUCUUCAUGAUGAAAAAAAGAGGAAAGGAUCUGUUAAUAUUACACUAUCCUCAGAUUCAAAUAAAAAUGCAAACGAUGUAUCUAAAAAUACUGAAGAACAAUCUAAGGAACAAUCCGAAGAUGGCAGUGGUAAUACGGAUAAUGCAGUUAUAGAAGUUUCAGAAAGUGGUAAGACCGAACAAGAAAAUGUCAAUGACAAGCAAGAAGAAAAUGAUGUUAGUAAAUCAGCUGACGAGGAUAAGAGCAGUAAAACGGAAAGUGAUAGUGAAAGACCUGUAUCCCCAUUAUCAUUAUCAGAUACUUCGAAUAUAAUAACACCAAUUCCUCGUAGUUUGUCUACCUCUUCACGUUCUUCAAAACGGACGGCAUCAAUCGAUAAACUCCCAUCAAUAAUAUCAGCGCCUUUAGCUUCUGUUAAUGAAACAGGAUUACAGGAAUUAGCAACUGAUACUGUGGUACGUUCAACAGAUUCAAUGUUGCAACCACCAAAAGAUAACAGAAUUCCUUCACCUGUCCCAUUUGCUUCAUAUACUUCAAAUACUUUACAUGCUUCACAUGCUUCACAUUCCUCACACGUUUCACACGCUCCACAUGUUCCUUCUGCACUUUCUGCUCCCGCUGUUUCUGCUCCCGCUGCUUCGCCUGCUUCGUCUGCUCCUUAUACACCCACAACACCGACAUUACCAGAAUCGAAUAGUGAAUAUUUAAAGCACGUAAUGAAUCGUCGUCAGUCUAAUUCUGCGGAUGAGUUUGCUGAAAGAAUGCGUACUGCUGCUGUAAUGCUUGCUCAACUUAAUGUUGCAAAUCAUGCACGCACAUCUUCUACUGGUGAACCCAUUCAGAGGACAAAAGCUGACACUGAAGCAAUAAGGCAAAAAAUAAUUAAGGAAAUGAUGUGUUUGGAAGAGGAAAGAAUGAUGAAAAUGAAAACCCAAGGGGUUACUAGUGGUGCUGGAGCUAAUGGUGGAGAAGGUGGAGGUGGAGAAAUGUUGGAAGAUGAGAAAAAGAUUUUGAUUGCCGUAAACAAAGAUGAUCCUAGUGGUAUAAAAGAAAUUAUUGAAAUUAUUUUGAUUAUUCCAAAUUUUAUCUUCAAAUUUUAUCAGAUUCAAAUGCUAACAUUUGUUCAAUUCCAUAUGAAAAUUCAUUGGUCAGCGGCUGUAUUUAGCGAAGAUUGGGAAUCUAAAAGAGAACGAAUUCGUAAGGCAUCUCCUUAUGGUCAUCAUCCAAAUUGGCGACUCUUAUCUGUGAUUGUCAAAACUGGUGCUGAUUUACGUCAGGAGCAAUUGGCCUGUCAAUUAAUAAGAGAAAUGCAACGAAUAUGGCAACUGGAAAAAGUCGAUGUUUGGGUUAGAUAUUAUCGUGUGUUAGUCACGUCUGAUAAUUCAGGUCUAAUAGAAACAAUUGAAAAUUCAAUAUCAAUACAUUCUAUUAAAAAAGACGCUUAUGCUAAGAAGCUGAAUGAAAAAGGAUUUAUGUUCACUUUAUUCGAUUAUUUUGUCAAGACGUAUGGUGAUGUUUCAUCCGACGCUUUCUUACGUGCUCAAGACAAUUUUAUGCGUAGUUUAGCGGCUUAUUCGCUCGUCUGUUAUAUUCUCCAAGUCAAAGAUCGUCACAAUGGCAAUCUGUUGUUGGACACUGAAGGUCAUUUAAUACAUAUCGAUUUUGGGUUUAUGCUGUCGAAUUCCCCAGGCUCAGUCGGAUUUGAACUAGCACCAUUUAAAUUGUCACAAGAAUAUUUAGAUAUUCUUGGUGGUGUUGCUAGUGAGAAGUUUUUAGAAUUCAAAAUGCUGUUAAGACAGGCUUUCUUUGCUUUACGGAAACAUGCCGAUAAUUUUGUUUUACUGGUUGAAAUGAUGUCUAAAGAUUCAAAGUUACCUUGCUUUGUUUCUGGAGAUUUGACGGCUACACACUUGAAGGAUAGAUUUCAGCUUUCAUUAACUGAACCACAGUUUGAAGAAUAUCUUGAAAAAUUGAUUAUGUCUAGUUGUUGUAAUGUGUUUACCAGAUUAUAUGACACUUUUCAAUACUAUUCUAAUGGUAUUCUAUAGUGGACAAGAAAAAACAAGAAAAGGACAGACAGUUUUUUGGAUUAGAUGUGUAGAAAAUAUUUAGACAUUUAAAUAAUUUUGGUUUUAUCUAGAAU